AUGCGGGAAGCUGGCAUUGCGGUCUUCUUCACCUGGCCUCCUUGCGAUUUUUACCUCUGCGGUCGCCUAACGCGCAUCACGUUUGGCUGCAAAGACAAGUCCGUUUUCGACCCAUAUGGGACCUGCGUCGACGUGAGAAGGAAGGUGAUCCAUGGAAGAUGGUACGACUGGGUGAAGGUGGUCCUGCAGUACGAUGCACAGGGGAAUCCCCUUGCCGGCUUUCUCGUUGAGAAUACACAUUGGAAUUCUCAUCUCUUUCGACGCAACAAUUUUGUUAUUUAUCCCGUAUUUGGACCCGGGACGGCAUUGGAUGAUGAGAGAUAUCUGAGGCUAGAUUGUUGGAUCCCCGAUGGAACAACUCCCGGACAGGCUCUUCUCUCUGUUGUCAAACUGACUCCAGAAGAAUAUUUGGACGUCUACACGGAUGCAUUCAUCAAGCUAAUCGACUGCCCUCUCCUCCGUUUCUCUCAUAUCUAUGAGAAAGAGACAGAUUGUCUCCAUUCUCUUCAUUUCUUCCAACAAUUCAUCCAUCACAUCAUUCAAUCCGCUAUUCCAAAUGGAGAGGGACGUCGUCUUGUCAUUCUCGAUAUCUACACUACCCAACAACUUCAACAGGAAUCACUGAAAUGUCUGUCUGAUGAAUAUGAGAUGAUGAUGGGACGAUUGAUCGAAUGGAUAGAGAACAACGCUAGGGGGCAGAGUAUUCAGCUCUAUCAAAUCGGAACCGACCUUGGGGAGCGAGAGUCCGAACUUCUCGGCCGUAUCUAUCCGACGGGUAUCAACGUCAUCAUUGCUCAGAAUUACUCAGCGGAAAAUCAGGUACCAUGGGCUUUGAGCCACGAAGGAAGGACUCCGACGGCGCUGGGUAUUCGACGACGGUACUAC